AUGGACUCGACUUUUAUUAUAAUUGGAGGUGGAAUUGCCGGGGUAUCGUGCGCUGAAGGUUUGGCCUUUUUAGCUCCAGAAGAAAAGGUUGUGUUAAUCACUGCUAGUUCCCUGAUUAAAGCUGUAACAAAUAUUGUACCAAUUAGUCAAAACUUAACGCAAUUCGACGUGGAAGAACGUAAUAUGGUAACUUUAACUGAAAUGCACCCUUCUGUCUCUGUUGUUCAUGACUUGGUUGUAAGAGUGGAUAAUGAAAAUAAAUUCGUCGAAACUGAAUCGGGACAAGUAAUCAAAUACAAAAAAUUAUGCUUAUGUACCGGAGCAAGGCCCAAGCUUAUAACUGAAAAUAAUCCUUACGUAAUUGGCAUAAGGGACACAGAGUCUGUGGAAAAUUUUUCCUCAAAAAUUAAAAAUGCUAAAAGAAUUGUAGUUGUCGGUAAUGGUGGCAUAGCCACUGAAAUAGUUCACGAAAUACGGGGAGUUGAAAUUAUUUGGGUAAUAAAAGAUAAACAUAUUUCUGCUACCUUUGUAGACCCUGGGGCAGCUGAAUUUUUCCAAAAUAAGUUGACUCAGAGAAAUGAUGAGUCAGAAUGUGGUAAAGUUGUGAAGCGAAUGAAAUACACUGUUUCAGAAGGUCAAGUAAAUAAAGGGGGCGCUGCUUUAGGCCCUGACUGGCAUAGUAGUUAUAACAUCAAAGGAACAUCUGUAGAUUCAAGCAAAAUACAAAUUGAGUAUGAAUGCGAAAUUAUUGGAGUAUCAAGCGAAAAACAAAAUAAUGAAGAAUGGCCAAUUUAUGCAGAACUUACCAAUGGUAAAGUUAUAGGUUGCGAUUUCAUUGUAUCUGCAACAGGCGUUGUUCCAAAUUCUACCCUAAACGGGUUAGAAGAACUAAAUAAAGGGGAAGAUGGUGGUAUUUUGGUCGAUUCGAAGCUACAGACUUCUAAAAAAGAUUUAUUUGCUGCUGGGGAUGUUUGUACAGUAAACUGGACUCUGGCAAAACAUUGGUUUCAAAUGAGACUCUGGACUCAAGCUUUGCAAAUGGGUCGGUAUGCUGCUAAGUCUAUGGCUUGUGAUUUAAAGGGUGAAGAUUUUUACCAAGACUUUUGUUUUGAACUUUUCACACAUGUGACAAAAUUUUUUGGGUUCAAAGUUGUCCUACUAGGGCUUUACAAUGGGCAAAAAUUGAAUGGCAGUUACGAAAUAUUAUUACGAAUGACAAAGAAUGUAGAGUACAUCAAGUUAAUAUUGAAAGAUGGUAAAUUAAUGGGAGCUGUCCUCAUUGGAGAAACCGACUUGGAAGAAAUGUGCGAAAACCUGAUCUUGAAUCAACUCGAUUUAACUGUUUAUGGAGAAGACUUGUUAAACCCUGACAUAGAUGUGGAAGAUUAUUUUGAUUGAGCUCAAAAAUUAAAUUGAAUUUUUGCAUGUGAAAUUUGUAUUUGUGUGCACGAAGCAGAGAAACUUUGAAUAAAUAGAUGUAUUUUUCAUUUUUUCAAUUACAC